AUGGACUCCCUAGAGGCUAGACUACAGUUUAUUCAGGUGCUGAAAAACUUGCAAAAAACAUUACACAAGACAAGGGACUCCACCACAUCGUCAUCGACAAGUACACCACCGUCAUCGCAACCGAAAUUGAACAAUGACCCCAUACAGUUCUAUUUAAGAAACUACAGACAUCAUUAUGAAGACUUCCACCAGUGUCUGUUCGAUACUACCUUGAAGAUGGACCCAUUGGACAGAUUGAAUGUGGUGAUAUACUACAUUAGAAUAAUAAAAAACUUGUAUCCCCACUACAAUUCCAGUACCAAUAUCGCCAAAGUGUUGAAUGAAGUGUUACUAAUGGACGUGGAUCUGGUUUUUGAGCUGUGCCUGCCCUGCAACGACUGGAAAUCCCUCACAAACCUGACCAGCUGCAAGGAGCUAUUCCUCGACUUGUCAAGGCUAAUCAAGUUCGACACCACCAUCGUGUCCACAUCAUCAGAGGCCACAAACCCGGACGCAACUACCUGGUACAGCGUCAAGACUGAGAGGACCGUUCAAGACUACAAACACUCGUUGCAGCGAACAGAAACACUGCUAAAAGACAGGGACUUGAAAAAGCUGGCUUUCUUCCAACAGUUUGAUGCCGAUGCUAUCACCAUCAACCCAGAAUUACAAACACUGCCAACAAACACAAACAUUGUAUUGCACAGGAUGGAGUCAGACAGAGAAUCACACAAGAGAUCAAAGGAAACGAGCUGGUACAUUGAAAGGCCUACCAACGACAUCCUAGACGAAACCGAGUUUGAAACGUUGUGGACGCAUUUUGAAACUGCUGAUCCCGGGUUCGACAAAGUCGACUAUAAAAAUAUCAAGACGUUGAAUGAAAUCGCUAAGGCGUCAUACAUGUACUAA